CCCUUGGCUGACAGAGACGAUGGAGACUACCAUCCCAGCCAUGAUCCUGCCUUCGUUGCUCAUCACAUGCUUUUUCUCCAUACUCCUAAUAUCUAUGACGGCGACCGCUACGGCGGAGACGGCGGUGAAGGUGAGCACCACCCCGAUCUUCCCGGAGAUCCCGCUGGGCCAGGCGAGGAAGGACUUCCAGGUGCUGCUGCGUGUCGAGGCGCCGGCGGCGGCGGAGGCGCGCGCCCCCAUCGACGUCGUCGCUGUGCUUGACGUCAGCGGCAGCAUGAGCGACGCGGAGAAGCGGCCGUCGAGGCUGGACCUGCUCAAGGCGGCCGCCAAGUUCAUGGUCGCCAAGCUUGACGACGGAGAUCGCUUGUCCGUCGUCGCGUUCAACGAUCGCCCCGUCAGAGAACUUAGCUCCGGGUUACUCUACAUGUCCGGCGAUGGCCGGAGAAACGCCAUGAACGUUGUCGACAAGCUCGAGGCCCGUGGCGGCACGGCGCUCCUGCCAGCCUUGGAGGAGGCGGUGAAGAUCCUUGACGGGCGGCCGGGAGAUGGCCGGAACCGCCUAGGAUUCAUCGUCCUCGUCACGGACGGCGAGGACACGAGCAGGUUCUCAUGGAGCGAGCGGCGCUGGGAGAUGAUCCAUGCCGCUCUCUGCAAGUACCCCGUCCACACCUUCGGCCUGGGCGCGGCGCACGAUCCCGAGGCCCUGCUCUACCUGGCUCAAGAAUCUCGCGGCACCUACUCUUUCGUCGACGACGAGAACGUCGACAAGAUCCCCGGCGCCCUCGCUGUGUGCCUCGGAGGGCUGACGACCGUCGCCGCCGUCGACACCCGCGUCGUCCUCAAGGCCGCGGAGCUGAACGGGGUGCGCAUAGACCGCGUCGACUCCGGUGGCUACGACAGCAGCGUCAGCUGCGGGGGCACCUCUUGCGAGGUCGCCGUCGGCGUCCUCUACGCCGGCGAGGCGAAGCAUUUCGUGGCCCACCUUCACGUGCCGGCCGCGUCAUCGGUGGAGGACGGCUACUACUGCGACCUCGCCGUCUGCGACCGCCACCGCCGUCGCCACGAGCAGCACCUCCUCGCCGUCGGCUACUCGUACAGCCACCGCCCGGGCGCCACGGCGAUCACCGUCGAAGGGCACGGCGUGUUCGUGCAGAGGCUGCCGGAGCUGCUAGGCGGCGGGCGGCAAGCCGCCCUGCUCGUCCCUUCCCCCGUGGUCCUGCAGCACAUCGUCCGGUUCGAGCUGCUGGAGGUCGUGUCCGGCCUCGACCACGGCGAGUUGGUGACCGCCAAGGACCGAGCGCACGCCGGCGAGCUGCUGCAGCUCAGGUGGGAGGAGUUCAGGGCGUGCCACCAGUUCUGGGGCGGCCUCGACCUGAGCGUCCUGGAGAAGGAGGUGGACGCCAUGGUGAGCAGCCUCACGACGACGAGAGGGGCGGCGGCCGCGGCCUACGUCCACGCGUGGGUGUCGACCCACCGGAUGCAGCGGGCCACCAGCAUGGGCUCGCCGGAGAGGGCGGUCGCCGAGUUCCUGACGCCGGCGAUGCGGCUCAUGCUGGAGGAGGCGCGGAAGCUGCCGCUGCUGCUGCAGGCGCAGGCUGAGACCACGGCGGCGGGCGUCCUCCAGCACGCCGUGGGCUCCGCCGGCUGCGCCGAGCUGGAAAUGAUCGACCGGCGGCUGGAGCUGUGGUCCAAGGUGAAGCGCGACGUGCAGCACCUCCUGUUCCAGCCGUCGGCGGCAGCGGCGGCGGAUGGAGAGGAGCACCUCGCCGCCGUCUUCCACGAGGCGUCGCUGGAGGCCAUCGACCGCGCGAUGCACCGCGACAUUUACCUGGCCGCAGUGUUCGCGAGCAAGCAGAGGCGAUGCCACUCCGUCGCCGGAAAGUGAAGAACUCGACAACUCGGAGCUACACUACUUGGGGGUGUUAGUGAGACCAUGAAUAAUGGAGCUGCCUAGGUGAGGGUAGUCUACGGAUCAUACGGAAUAAACUAACAAUGUUCACUCCUUC